GGAAAAAGUACACGUACAAAUGGCAGACCUCAAUACAGCGGCAGAAGCAAAAUGGAGAAAACAAAAUUUAUUAGAUAAAUCUCUCACUCUCUCCUACUCACUCUUGACUCUCUCCGCAAAAUGCUCUGAGGAAAUUCCACUCCGCUGAGCUUCAUUUGAGCUGCGGUUUGACCAUUCUCGUUCUAUACCGCCUUCACACCUUUCCACACAGUCCUGAAUCCCUUGGUGGAUAGAAAUGGAAGAAGGUCCAUCAUUCAAUGUAAUGGAUGGGACAAUAAAGGGUAUCAAAUUUGGUUUAGCUACUCGCCUUGAAAUUGUGAAAGCCUCUAUUAGUGAUUGCCCUAUAAAUCAUCCCAGCCAGCUUCUAAACCCCUUUCUUGGCCUUCCACUCGAAGCUGGGAAAUGUGAAUCUUGUGGUUCUGGUGAGCCAGGGCAAUGUGAAGGGCAUUUUGGCUACAUUGAAUUGCCUACACCUAUAUAUCACCCUGACCAUGUUAGUGAGUUAAAGAGGAUGCUAAGCUUAUUGUGCUUAAAGUGUCUCAAAUUAAGAAACCGGAAGUUCCAGGUCAAGCAUAUUGGUGUUCUUGAAAGGAUGAUGUCCUUGUGCUGUGAGGAAGUUUCACAAGUAUCAGUAAAUGAAGUUAAAAAUUCGGAUGGUGCUUGUUAUUUGGAGUUGAAAGUACCAAAGACUGCAACACUGAGUGAUGACUUUUGGAAAUUCUUGGAGAAGUAUGGAUUUAAAUAUGGUAAUGGCUAUUCUCGUAGAUUGCUUCCUUCUGAGGUAGCUGCAAUACUGAGAAAAAUAUCUGAAGACACCCGGAGAAAACUUUGUGCGAAGGGAUAUUCUCCACAAGAAGGCUAUAUUCUUCAAUUCUUGCCUGUCCCGCCUAAUUGUUUGUCUGUUCCAGACAUAUCUGAUGGGAUGAACAUUAUGUCUUCAGAUCACUCAAUAACAAUGCUCAGAAAAGUGCUCAAACAAAUAGAGAAUAUUAAAAGCUCAAGGUCUGGAACACCAAAUUUUGAGUCUCAAGAAGUGGAAUCAAAUGAUUUGCAAGUAGCAGUUGCUCAGUAUCUUCAGUUCAGGGGUACUGGCAAGGCAUCUCGUGAUGUGGAUAAGCGUUUUGGAGUUGGCAAGGAAUCAAAUGAAUCAACUACCAAGGCUUGGCUUGAGAAGAUGAAAACUUUAUUUAUAAGAAAGGGGUCUGGUUUCUCCUCUCGCAGUGUGAUUACAGGUGAUCCAUAUAAGGGAGUGAAUGAAAUAGGAUUACCAUUUGAGAUUGCCCAACGUAUCACCUUUGAAGAAAGGGUAAGUUUGCACAAUGUGGCAUUCCUGCAGAAGCUGGUUGAUCAAAACCUGUGCUUGACCUACAGGGAUGGAGCAUCGACGUAUUCUUUAAGGGAAGGAUCCAAAGGUCACACCUUUUUGAAACCAGGACAACUUGUUCAUAGGAGGAUUAUGGAUGGGGAUAUUGUGUUUAUCAACAGGCCUCCAACUACACAUAAGCACUCCUUGCAAGCUUUGUCGGUCUAUGUACACGAUGAUCACACAGUUAAGAUCAAUCCACUGAUUUGUGGGCCACUAAGUGCAGACUUCGAUGGAGAUUGCAUCCACCUCUUCUAUCCCCAGUCUCUCUCUGCUAAAGCAGAGGUUUUGGAGCUCUUCUCUGUUGAGAAACAACUGUUGAGCUCACAUACAGGUAAUUUUAAUUUGCAGAUGGGAAGUGACUCGUUAUUGGCUUGCAAGUUAAUGUUUGAAAAGUACUUUGUAAAUAAAAUUUGUGCCCAGCAGUUAGCCAUGUUUCUCCCAAGCAGCUUGCCACUACCUGCGCUUGUGAAGUCCCAUCGUUCUGCCCCACAUUGGACAAUCCUGCAGAUUCUGGGAACAGCUUUGCCUAGGUCCUUCGAUUGUUUGGGGGAUAGAUACACUGUUAACAAAAGUGAGUUCGUAAAAAUUGACUAUAGCAGGGAUACAUUGUCAUCAAUCCUCAAUGAUAUUGUUUCUUCAAUUUAUUUUGGAAAGGGUCCCAAAGAGGUUAUCCUAUUUUUUAAUGCGCUACAACCUUUGUUAAUGGAAUAUCUGUACACAGAAGGCUUUAGUAUCAGCCUUGGAGACUUUUUCAUUUCCGAAGCUGCUAGAGAAAAGAUCCAAACAAAUAUUCAGGGUGUGUCACAGUUGCUGCAUAGCUUGCGUGCAUCUUUCAAUGCAUCUGUGGAGCUACAAUUGGACCGUUUCCUGAAAGUCGAAAAAACUCCCGUCGCUGAUUUCGCUCUACAUUCAUCUGCAAUAGGUCAUUUAAUUGACCCCAAGAGCGAGUCUGCUCUUAAUAAGGUAGUACAACAGGUUGGGUUUUUAGGUUUGCAAAUGGCAGUCAAGGGGAAGUUCUAUUCCAAGACGCUUGUGAAUGAUGUGGCUCUGCUGUUCCAAAACAAGUAUCCAUCUGCUGGUCAUCACCCUUCAGAGGAAUUUGGUAUGAUUAGUAAUGGCCUCUUUAAUGGUUUGGAUCCUUAUCAAGAGAUGGUUCACUCGAUAUCCAGCAGGGAAGUGAUAGUAAGAUCAACAAGAGGUUUGACUGAACCUGGAACGUUGUUCAAGAAUCUGAUGGCAAUCCUCCGAGAUGUUGUCAUUUGUUAUGAUGGGACUGUGAGAAAUGUUUGCAGCAAUUCCAUUAUUCAAUUUGAGUAUGGGGUUAACAAUGAAGGCAAGUUUCAGAGUGAGUUCGGUGCUGGUGAUCCUGUUGGAGUAUUGGCUGCAACUGCUAUGUCAAACCCUGCAUACAAGGCAGUGCUGGAUUCAUCUCCAAGCAGUAACUCUUCGUGGGAAAUGAUGAAGGAAAUCCUGCUUUGUGGAGUCAGUUUCAAGAAUGCUGUAUCUGACCGCCGUGUAAUACUCUAUCUAAAUGAUUGUGGAUGCGGACGUAAAUAUUGCCGAGAAAAAGCAGCCUACGCAUUGAGCAAUCAUUUGAGAAAAGUCUGUUUGAAGGAUGCUGCUGAUGAGUUCUUGAUUGAAUAUGCAACACCACAGACUGGAUAUGAGAUUUUAGGUGGAGGCGUGAGCCUUGUUGGCCACAUUCAUCUGAACAAGUCACAGUUUGAAAAUCUGGGUGUUGAUCUCAAUGAGAUUCUUGAAAAAUGUGAGGAGAAAGUUUAUUCCUUCAGGAGGAAGAAAAAAAUUGCUCAUCUAUUCAGACAAAUCGAGCUGUCAGUCAGUGCAUGUUGUUCUUUUGGUGAAGGAAAAAGUAAAUCAGGGGAGAUGCCAUGUGUGCGGUUCUCUUGGCCGCUGGAUCCAGGUUAUGAUCAAUUAGGGAAAUUGGCUCACAUUUUUGCAGACACAAUUUGCCCAGUUCUGCUGGAAACUGUUGUAAAAGGUGAUCAUAGGGUCUCUUCUGCUAAUAUAAUCUGGAGUAGUGCUGAGACGAUGACCUGGAUUAGGGGCUCUAGCAAGAAUCAACCAGGUGAAUUGGCUCUAGAAGUUGUUCUUGAGAAGGAAGCUGUCAAACAAAGUGGAGAUACUUGGAGGAUUGUCAUGGACUCAUGCGUCCCUUAUAUUCAUCUUAUCGACACAAGACGUUCUAUACCGUAUGCUAUCAAACAAGUGCAAGAAUUGCUUGGGAUUUCUUGUGCUUUUGAGCAAGCUGUUCAGCGACUCUCAACAUCAGUCACAAUGGUUACAAAAGGAGUUCUCAAAGACCAUCUACUUCUAUUGGCGAAUAGCAUGACUUGUUCUGGAAAUCUGGUUGGCUUUAAUGCUGGUGGGAUAAAGGCUUUGUCUCGUGCAUUGAAUGUCCAAAUACCCUUUGCCGAAGCCACACUGUUUACACCUAGAAAAUGCUUUGAGAGGGCUGCUGAAAAGUGCCAUGUUGAUUCGUUAUCUAGCGUUGUGGCAUCUUGUUCCUGGGGUAAACCUGUAGCUGUUGGCACUGGGUCUUCUUUUGAUAUUCUUCUUGAUACUAGGAAGGUUGAGUUAAACCAAAGAGUAGGUCAAAAUGUCUAUGAUUUUCUUCUUCUGAUGAGAAACAGUAAUGAUCGCACAGAAAAGGUUACAGACUGUCUAGGUGCAGAUAUUGAGGAUCUGCCACCUGAAGAUUUAGAUUUAGACUUGUACUUAUCUCCAGAAAGAGAUUCAGAAUCAGUGAAACCUACAUUUGAAGAUGGAUUCGAGGAUCUGAUCAAUGAGAAUGCGGGUCAACAAGAAGGUGGCAGCGGUGGUGGUUGGGAGAAGGCUUCGACUGACACGUCUAGAGCUGGUGGUGGUGGUGGAUGGGACACUGUAGAGAAAAGCUCAGUGGCAGCUGCAGAUCAAUCCGAUUCUUGGUCCUCCUGGGGUGGUAAAAUGGUCGAAGAAACCAGGAAUGAUGGUGUCCAAGGUGGAUCCCCUGGUUGGGAUAAAACAGAUGGUGGCAGUGGUGGGUGGGACCCUGUCGAGAAAAGCUCAAAGGCUACAACAGAUCAAUCAGACUCUUGGGGUGUUGCUAAAAAAGCCGAAGGUGAAUCUUCUAUUUGGGGUAAAAAAGUUGAAGGUGGUGAUGGUUCUGUUACCCAACCUGAUACCAAUGGAUCAUGGGUCAAGGCUUCUAAGAUUCCAGAAUCUGAAGCAUCAAAAUCCUCUUGGGGGAAAUCUGGUAAAGGACUUGAUCAACCUUGGGGUAGCCAUAACCAGUCUGAUAAACCGGCUGCUACAUGGGGUAAUACUGUCAAAGAUGAUGUCAAACCAAAGCCAAGUUCUGGAAACUGGAAUCGAACUACCGAUGGAGCUCCGUCAACCUCCAGUGGUGGUUGGAGUAAUAAACCAGAAUCUAAUAAAGGUCUCGUUCAGCCUGGAUCCUCCUGGGGGGCAAAUGAUGAUGAAUCUGAUCCCUCCUCUGCUUGGGGAAAAAGUGCCAAAGAAGAUAGUGGUGGAAAGAAGCAAAGAGGGGAAUGGAAUGCAUGGCAAAAAGGAACCAAUGAAUCACCGACUCAAGCAGAAACAACACAAGGUAGCUGGGGUAAUACCAGUUCCAAGUCUACAGAAGAAGGUAGCUGGGGUAGAAAAGGUAACUCAGGUGAACAGAAGAAUGAAGCGGUUGGAGGGUGGGCUUCCUCUAAUAAGAGUAGUGGUUGUUCUGAUUGGGCCUCAAAGAAAAGAGAGUCUGCAGGUGGUGGCUGGGGUUCUUCCAAAGGUGGUGCUGCUGCUGAUUGGGCAUCACAGAAGAGAGAGUCUCCUGUCAGUGAAAGGAGUAAUGAUUCACCCAGUGGUGGAUGGGGUUCCUCUAAGGGUGCUUCCAAGGGUGGUGCUGCUGCUGAUUGGGCAUCACAGAAGAGAGAGUCUCCUGUCAGUGAAAGGAGUAAUGAUUCACCCAGUGGUGGAUGGGGUUCCUCUAAGGGUGCUUCUGGUGAUUGGGCCUCGCAGAAGGGAGGGUCUGUGGUCAAUAAUGACUCAUCCAGUGGUGGUUGGGGUUCCUCCAAGGGUGGUGGUGGUCCUGAUUGGGCCUCGCAGAAAAGAGGGUCUCAUGUCAAUGACUCAGCAGGUGGUGGUUGGGGUUCUUCCAAGAGUGGUGGUGGCGCUGAUUGGACCUCACAGAAAAAAGAGUCUGUGGUCAAUGACUCAGCCGAUGCUGGUUGGGGUUCUUCCAAGGGUGGUGGUGCUGCUGCUGCCUGGACCUCACAAAAAAAAGAGUCACCAGUUAAUGAAAGGAGUAAUGACUUGGCCGGUAGUGGUUGGGGUUCAUCUAAGGGUGGAAGUGGUUCUGAUUGGCCUUCACAGAAAAUAGAAUCUCAUGUCAAUGACUCAGCCGGUGGUAGUUGGGGUUCCUCUAAGGGUGGCAGUGGUUCUAACUGGGCCUCACAGAAAAGAGAGCCUCCAAUCAUUGAAGGGAGUAAUGACUCAGCUGGUGGUGGUUGGGGUUCUCCUAAGGUUGGCACUAAUAAAAACAUUUCCCAAUCUCAGUGGGGUACGCCACAGAAGAGUACAAAUGAAAACCCGCGAGGUUGGGGCUCUGCAGUUUCAGACACUGAAAAAUCGAAAGAAGCUACUGGAGUAGCCGAUGGUGGUUGGGGUUCUUCCAAAGGUGGUUGUGGGAAUGAAUCGUCUGGUAGUGGUUGGGGCUCUCCAAAGGUUGGCAACAAUGAUGAGGCUAAUGGACAAUCUCAAUGGGGCGCACGCAAGAGUGUAGGAUCCUCUGGUGGAGAAGAGGAAGGCAGGAAUGAUUCAGGUGCUGGUGCUGGUUGGGGCGCUCCAAAGGUUAGUAACAAUGACGAUGGGGGCAAUGGACAAUCUCAAUGGGUCCCACGGAAAAGGAAUAGAGAAGACAACAAUGAAAGUCCGCGAAGUUGGGGGGCUUCUGCAGUUGCUGGAGGAGGGGAUUGGAAGAAUAAGAGAAACCGUCCACCAAGGCCAGCUGAUGAUUCUGGUGCUGGUGUGGCUUUCACCUUUACAAGGCAGAGGUUGGAUAAAUUCACAGCUGAGGAGCAAGAGAUUCUCCUUGAGGUUGAGCCUAUCAUGCAAAACAUCAGAAGGAUAAUGCAUCAAUCAGGGUUGAAUGAUGGUGAUCCACUAACUGCUGAUGACAAGGCGUAUAUUGUUGAGAAUGUUGUCAGUUAUCAUCCGGAUAAAGCCUCAAAAAUUGGAGCUGGAGUUGAUUACCUUAUGAUUAGCAAGCACAGUAAUUUCCAGGACACUAGAUGCUUCUACGUGGUGUCAACUGAUGGUGCCAAACAAGAUUUUUCCUACCGUAAAUGUCUGGAAAACUUAGUGAAGACCAAGUUCCCGGAUAAAGCUGAAACCUUCAACCAGAAGUAUUUCUAUGUAAAACGGCUCCCGCCCCUGCCUCGUCACCCCGGAUGGAAACAACAAGAAAAUAGUGGUGGGGGUGCCACACCAGAAGCUGGAACUGAAGAACCCAAACAACAAGGGCCUACUAACGCUGCUGCCACCGGUGGUUGGGGUGCCACUCCAGAAGCUGGAACUGAAGAAGAACCCAAACAAGAGCCUACUAAUGCUGCUGCCACCGGUAGUUGGGGUUCCACUCCAGAAACUGGAACUGAAGAACCCAAACAACAAGAGCCUACUAAUGCUGCUGCCACCAGUGGUUGGGGUGCCACCAGUGGUUGGGGUGCCACUCCAGAAGCUGGAGCUGAAGAAGAACCCAAACAACAAGAACCUACUAAUGCUGCUGCCACUGGUGGUUGGGGUUCCAGAAGCUGGAACUGAAGAAGAACCCAACGAACAAGAGCCUACUAAUGCUGCUGCCACAGGUGGUGAGGGUUCGACUGAAGUAGAACCUACGAGGCUGGAUGCUGAGCCUUGACAAAAAAUGCUUCAGAUAGUUGUUGGACUUUAAUGUUGACCAUUUGGGUUAAUUUAGAAUAAGCCCUUCAUAAUCUUUUUUUGGGUGUUUUUAGGAGAUGAGAUAUAGUCUCUGUAUAGUUCCUUUUUGUAGUGAGUUGUUCAAAAUCUAGCAGUAACUGCAUUUGGAUGGAAUUCUAUCUCACAUAUGCCAGUGAUGAAAAGUGACCACCUACCUAAUUGUCCUGUGUUCUCUGAAAUUCUUGCCAAAAUUUUGUUUGUUAUGUGGGAAGAUUUAGCUUCUUUUCUCCGGGAGAGCUCAAAUGAGCAAUAGAAGUUUUAGAUUAGUCUUCGAUGCCUCUGUUAAGCUCGUACUUGUGCACCGUUUGUUGUAAAGGUUUUUGUGAUGACUGAUGACAUGGAGGAUUCGAAGGGCUAUAAUUUAACUGUCUUUAGUUAGUGGUAAUAUCUACGGAGCAAAUAAUGAUAGAAGAUUUUGUAACCAAAUUGAGAGAUUGACUCUCCAGCAGUCCAGCAUAGUUGCUCUCUUGCUCUGUUGUUUAAAGCUUUCAUUAACAAUGGGGGUGAACAUAUCAACUGUUUUAUGAGUCUAGCCGGUAAAGUACUUUGAAGAAUUUAAAUAGUCCAAUGUG